AUGGCCUUGUCAACGCGUCUUGAGCGUCUGAGAAAGCUGGUACAGGAAGAUGUCCAUGCCCUGCCCAAAAAAUCUGCUCCCUUGGUCCCAGGACCUGCUAGCGAUGAGCAUGGCGGUCUGGCGCUGGAACCUGAGCAAUCACAAGCUCCAUGGCUUCCGGACUCUAGCAAACGGGUUGUUGCUACAGAUGAGGCUGACUGCUCAGCCAAGCCAGCCGUCAAACCCACCAUCUCUGACGACAAGCCUGACCGCCGCUUCGUCUGGCUACAAGACGCCCAAAGCUCCUACAAUCCAAACUCGACCUCCAUGCCACCGGCCUCACUACCGCAGCCUACCAAAAUAUCGACUACCCACCUACACCGAGGUGAUCUAGUCUCUCCUCGAUAUCACUUCACGCCCAUCCAGGCAUUGGCUAAGUAUCCUUACAAGUUUUGCAGUCGAGAUACCUCACAGGGAAUUGCCUCGGCCUUCUUCGACCAAGGCAAAUUCUGGGAACGUGAAUGGGAACUCUACUACGUCUGGGACAUCGAACCUGGCGCCAAGCCCGUCGUCCUUGUUCGCGAGAGCCAAGUGCACACCUUACUCAGUGAGAUCAACUGCCACCUGAAACUCGCUCUCAGAAUCACCGAUCAGCAACGUGAGGAGGGCCUCGUUGCUCACUUUCCAGACCAUCCACGUUGUCUUCCUCGAUAUCUCGGACGCUCACAAUCACGUGGAGAAUACGACAACAUGGUUGACAACAUCCCCAGCCACAGUCAUCGUGCUGAGGGUGAAUCUUCCCAUCCGCCGCUUGAGCCAUCCACCCACGAGCUUUUCAGGCAGCUCAUGGAUGACUUGUACGAAGUGCAAAAGGCCAAGAAUAAGAUAUCAAAGGCGAAGAAGCAGCAAGACCGGCUAGGGAAGCAAAAGGCCAUGACGGACCACUUCAAGCGUGCACAACGAUACUUGGGGCUGCGAGCAAACCGUGAAGCCGAAAAAAAUUCCUCCAGCGAACAUCUGGUUGUGAAUGUAGCCAAACCAGUUCCCUUUGUGUUUGAUCAGUCAGUGGUCUUUGUCUGCGUUGAUGUCGAGUCAUACGAGCAUGCUCAUCACAAAAUUACGGAAGUUGGCAUCGCUACACUCGACACUCGCGACUUGGCCGGCAUCGAACCUGGCGUCGAUGGUAAGCAGUGGAGCAAGAGGAUACGUGCUCGCCAUUUUCGUAUCAACGAACAUCGUCACCUGGUCAAUGGCUCCUUUGUUAGCGGAUACCCGGACAAGUUCAAAUUUGGAGAAUCCACUUUUAUACCUCUCAAGGAAGCUGCGCAACACAUUGCCGACUGCUUCUCUACACCAUUCGGCGCACAUUCUUCUAAUGGUGCUGGAAGCGCAUACACCUUGAUACCUUCAAAAUUUGAUGUCGAAGAGAAACGUAAUCUCAUCUUCCUCGGCCACGACACCUCCGGUGACAUUCAGUACUUGCAGAAGUUGGGAUACGAUGCGACUAAAGUAGAUAACAUCAUCGAGGCGCUCGAUACAGCCGUCAUGUAUCAAGUUUGGCGCCGUGAGUCUCAGCCGACCCGGUUGACCAAGAUCCUGGACUCGUUCGAUCUGGAUGGCUUUUACGCUCACAAUGCCGGUAACGAUGCCGUCUUUACCGUUCAAGCCAUGCUUGCGAUUUGCGUCCGCGAGGCUACUCUUCGAGGUUCUUCUUCGCUUGAUGAAUACCGCAAUAAAGUGGCUGCAGCAAGGCUUGUAAUCGCCGUAGAAGAAGCGCACGAGAGGAUCAAGAGUGAGGAAGACGGCUGGAAUCAGCUCGAAGUUGAAGGUGAUGGUGGCGGGCCUAUUCCACUAAUGCCGAGUAACGUACCUAGCUCAGGCCCAACGCAUAACAUCUCGCGAGCUGCUCCCAAUAUGGUCCGUGGUCGAGACGUAGGCCGCGGUAAUACCUCAAGAGGCCGCGGAGCUACGGCUUCACAGCACAAUGGAAACCAAUACAUGGCCUCGCACAGAUCCCGUGGGGGAACUGGUCGUGGUCAGCUAGAUGGCAGUGGUCGGCACGCACGCACGCGCGCACGUGAACGAGGCAAUUCGAACGCUGUUCAGCCGUCAAACACCCAGGGGAAUCUUCAAGUACGCUAUUCCGACCUUAUCUAG